AGGGGGAAAAAAAAGAAAACGGGUGAAUCCACUAGUGCGACAUCGCACAGUGAAUAGACUCACAGACGCUCCGCGCUGGGUUACGUGAACCUUCCCCGGCUAGUAACUGAGCAAGAGAAAGGCUAGUUUUCCAUCCAGCAUAUUAUAAGAAAAUCCCUUGUGUCCGUCUAUUACUUCGCGAUAAAGUGAGAGAGGAACUGUUCCUUUAAACAAAGGGAAUUUGCUGUGAACUUAGCGGUGAAGACGAUUCCCAUUCACUCCCAUUUCACGAACUUCGCCACAGUUUGCUUGCUGGAUAUCUGGAGCCACAGGCGAAGGGCUGUCAUUUCUCUGAGGAUUUAAGAUGGCUCCGACCUGCAAACAGCUGGCGUUUUUGACAUCUUGACACCACCAUGGACAUUUGAGCCCAGCGACCAACACUAAUACAAACGCAUUGAAAAAGCGUCCCGUGGAAACGGUGAAUUUGGACUCGGCUCCCAUUGAGAGCUUUGUUUGUUUGUUUGUUUGUUUGUUUGUUUGUGUUUUCCUGUGAGCGCCAGCCCGUCAGCAUGCCCAUCUUGAAGCAGCUGGUGUCGAGCUCGCAGUCGAAGCGACGCUCUCGCGCCGACCUCACCCACGAGAUGAUCAGCGCGCCGCUGGGAGACUUCCGCCACACCAUGCACGUGGGCCGCGGCGGCGACACCUUCGGCGACACCUCCUUCCUGAGCACCCGCUCCGGGGAGCCCCCCCGUCAGCCGCCCGAGGGCCACCACCACCCCCCCCAGCAACCGCCCCCGCCCCCCCCGGAGUCCCCCAGCCACAAACCCGGCCUGCUCUCCAGAACCUUCCGCAGCAGCAAGCGCUCGCAGUCGUACAACCGCGCCGACAAGCAGAAGCCCUGCUCCGCCUCUGCCCUCACGGUCUCCGCGGCGAUGCCCGGGUCGCCCGCUCACGUCAAGACGGCCAUCUCGCUGCCGUACCUCAACGAGGCCGGCGCGGGGGGCAUGGGCGGGUCGAUGCCCAAGAGCGUCUCCUCCAGCCCGCUGAAGACGCUGGCGGGGGGAGACGGAGACAGGGACGUGCUGGACGGCAGGAAACCGGCCAACGGGGCGGCGGCGGCGGCCGCGGUGACGCUGGCGGCCCAGGAGCCGGACCUGCUGGAGCGCGAGCGGCGCUUCGGCGAGCUGAGCGACCUCCCGCCGUCCCUCCCCCGCGGCGGCGGCGGCGGCUUCGGAGGCAUGAAGCACGCGGAGUCCAUCAUGUCCUUCCACAUCGACCUGGGCCCGUCCAUGCUGGGGGACAUCCUCAGCGUCAUGGACAAGCGCGGCUGGGAGGAAGACGACCUGGGCUACGAGGAGGGGCGCACCUCGCCCCCUCUCAGCCCCCCCGAGGACAACGGCAACGACGACGAUGACGACGACGACGAUGCCCCCUCGCCUCCGCCCCCCUCCAGACCCCCUCGCUCCUCCGUCAACCCUGAGCUCCGCGGGGGAGGAGGAGGAGGAGGCGGCAGACCUCCCAUCAUCAUCAACAACAACAACAACCACCACCACAUGGACAGCUGCUCCGUGUCCAGCUCUGGCUCUACCGUCCAGGAGGACAAGAUGUCCAUCCACGGGGGACACCAGCAGCACAACCAGAGCGAGACGGACGUGGACAGCGCCCGCUUCAGCUCGCCCGGGCGGACGAGGGACGACGAGAAGGACUUCUCCUUCAUGGACGACGAGGAUGAUGAGGACGAGAUCCGCGUGUAGAGGUGAAGAGGGCGUGGUUCGGGGGGAAAGGAAAGGGAUCUAGAUGAGAGGAGAGGAGAGGAGAAAGGAGAGAGGGAUGAAAACAAAGAAAAAAGGCGUGAUGAAGAGAGUGAACUGGAAGAGGAGAUGGAUGAGGACAUUUUGAAAGGUGGAAUGGACAUGCUGGGCCAUGAAUGACUGGCGUGUCCGUCAGAAACUUCACACAACUCGACACAGAAACACAGAGACUCGACACACUUCCCUUUCACCGCUGUGUGACAAAUAUACACUCCUUCGCCUGCUACUUAGCUCUGUGUCUUACUGUCACCACUGCAGCCAGGACUGAAAAGUGUGUGUGUGUGUGUGUG